GCGGGCCCGGGCUCCGCCUGCCGGGGGACGUGCAGGAGCCGGCGGCGGGGCGUACGGGUGACCCUGGCAUCGGCGAGGGGCGCUUUUCCCGCUGGCGUCUUCCCAGAGUGUCCCCCCGCCGCCCGGGCUCCGCCCGCCGGGGACAGCUGCCGGCGGUGGCCGCUGGCUCCGGUGUGAUUCUCGCUCUGCUACCCAGCCUUGUCCUGCGGAGGCUGCUCGGCGCUGCCGGCAGGGAGGGGCGGUGGGGCUUCGGGCUUUUAAAUAAAAGGGGCGCUUUUCUCUCGUUGCAGACACCUUCCAGGUCUUCAUUCCGGAGAACGUGAGAUCCGCCUCGGCGCCAGCCUGCUGGGGUGCACUGGUUGUUAAGUAGAUUUGGGAGCGGUGUGACAUCGCGCCGCCAGUCCCUUCCCUCCUGAGCAAGGGUAGCUGCUUUCUGAGCAAUCACAUACCAACUUCAUGUAUUCCUAAGACUGUCAUCAGCUUCUAGUUUUCUAUUCAGAGGCCUUACAGAGAUUUAAUUACUUAUAGGCUCUAGUGGUCGUAAAGUAAUUUAAGAUGUGUUUACUACUCGAUUGUAAUUAUCUAAUUCACUCUUGCGUUAAGAGACAUCGUUUUAACUUGGGAAUGGUUAAAUCGCCAAAGAAUUAAAUUAUUUAUGGAUAAGGGCUAUUUUAUUUGACUACUGUUGGCCUGCAACUUAAACUUGCAUCUUUUAUUUUUUUAUCCUAUGCUUUUUCUUUGUUAUGGCUGCUGCAACAAUAGUUCAUGAUACAUCAGAAGCUGUAGAGCUCUGUGCUCCCUGUGGGUUAUACCUUAAACCCAUUACAAAAAUGACCAUCAGUGUGGCACUUCCUCAGCUGAAGCAACCAGGAAAAUCCAUUUCGAACUGGGAAGUGAUGGAAAGAUUGAAGGGCAUGGUGCAAACUCAUCAGUUUUCCACUCUGCGGAUUUCUAAAAGCACAAUGGAUUUCAUUCGGUUUGAAGGAGAGGUCGAGAACAAAAGUUUGGUUAAAUCUUUCCUGGCGUGCCUUGAUGGCAAAACAAUAAAGCUGAGCGGCUUCUCUGACAUUUUAAAAGUGCGUGCUGCGGAAUACAAGAUUGACUUUCCUACCAGACACGACUGGGACUCAUUUUUCCGUGAUGCAAAAGAUAUGAACGAAACCUUGCCUGGGGAAAGACCGGAUACUAUUCACUUGGAGGGUUUGCCUUGUAAGUGGUUUGCAGCAAAGGAGACUGGCUCGGAAAAGCCAAGUGAAGAAGUCCUUAUAAAAGUUUUCCAGAAAUUUGGAGAAAUCCGUAACGUGGACAUACCCAUGCUGGACCCUUACAGAGAAGAAAUGACUGGCAGGAAUUUCCACACUUUCAGCUUUGGAGGCCAUUUAAACUUUGAAGCGUAUGUUCAGUACCGAGAGUAUGCAGGAUUCAUCGAGGCCAUGAAUGCCCUGCGAGGGAUGAAACUGAUGUACAAGGGCGAUGAUGGCAAAGCGGUGGCUUGCAAUAUAAAGGUUUCUUUUGACUCAACAAAACACCUCAGUGAUGCAUCAAUUAAGAAGCGCCAACUUGAAAGGCAGAAGCUUCAAGAGCUUGAAAAGCAAAGAGAAGAACAAAAACGUAAAGAGAAAGAAGCUGAGGAAAAACAAAAAGAAGAGGAAAGGAAGCAGAGAGAGCUUGAAGAAUACGAGAGAGAGAGAAAAAGAGAAGAGAAGUUGCGCAAGAGAGAACAGAAACAGAAAGACCGUGAAGUUCGACGGAACAAAAAGCAACUUGAAAAGCUUCAAGCUGAAGAACAGAGAAAGCUUCAAGAGAAGAUAAAGCUAGAAGAAAGGAAGCUCCUGUUAGCUCAGAGAAAUCUUCAGUCCAUUAGAUUAAUUGCAGAACUGCUAAGCAGAGCAAAGACAGUAAAGCUUUUGGAGCAAGAGCAGAAUGAAGAAAAGAUUUGUCUUCAGCAGCUAGAGGAGAGACGAAGGCUCCAGGAGGCUGAGCUUAAACGUGUGGAAGAGGAAAAAGAGAGAGCACUGGGUUUGCAGAGAAAAGAAAAGGAACUGAGGGAGAAACUACUGAACAAUCUUCUGAGCAAGAAAAUGGAUGCAGUUAAUCAAAACAAAGAAGAAACUGAAACAUCUCAGACUGAUGUGCUGAAAAGCCCUAGUGCUGCUCCCCACACUGUGUCAUCCAGCUGCAUCACGUCUACCUCAGGACAGGCUGUUACAGGCAAACUGGCUCCUGGCUCUCAAACAGAAGUAGCAUCCCCUGAAAGUGUAAACACUCAAUGCAAGUACUUAAAUGGCAGCAUUCAUGACAAAGUUCAUGUCAAAGAAGGUCAGAAUCUUCAUGCUACAAACUCUGAGAGGUGUUCUGACAAAAGAGGUUCGGGGGUACUUCCAUGUGUUCCCACCAAUAACCAGGACCAGAAGAGCCUCUCUAGCUGUGACCAGAACCCUUGCAAGAAGGACUCGCACUGUGAGCAGGACAGACGCGGAACAGAGACACGGAGAAGAAAGAGCCGUUCAUGUAGCAGCAUAAACAGUGAUGAGAGUAAGGGUAGGCGGGAGAGCAGCAGGCACAGAAGAGAUUUGAGUUACCGGGAUGAAAAGCACAGGAAAGACAGGAGGCACUACAGACGCUCCAGCAGAAGCUACAGCCCUCGGCGGAGCCGCACUCCUCGGCGAAGGAGUGCAAGCCCCCGACGUUCCCGAUACAGGAGGACGCGCAGUAGGGAGCGUAGGCGGGACAGGAGGGAGAGGAGUCGUAGUCGCAGAAGUGUCAGCAGGCGACGAAGGCACCGGAGGUGAUCACUGAAUGAGAAAGGAGUACUUGGAGUGGGUAGUGGAGGCCUUGGCUCCUUUGAAAGGCUGUGGUGGGACAAAAGGGCCACAAAAUUGGAAACCAGACCUCAUGGGUGUGACUGCUAUAGAAAAAACACAAUUGUUUCAACCAGUUCUUAG